CACAGAUAGGUCAUUGCUGUGUAACUAUUACAGGCAAAACUGGAGGUUUAAGCCUAGUUAAUUUCAAGAGCUUGUAGAGACCCCGGACACAACAUUCUGUGAUGAUGAAUCAGUGGAUAAUUUGUCUCAUACUGAAGAUCCUUUUUGAGUUGUGUGCAGGCACAAGUAUCAGUGUAGUGCCUGGAUCUAAACUGGAACUGCCAUGUUUUGCAUUCCCAACAGACUUCUCAGAAGAGCACAUCACCUGGAAAUUCAAUGAUGAGGACAUCAUUUCCUCAGAUUCUGUGGAAAUCACUGGCACACACCUGUCCAUAUAUCCCGUAAGUAAUGCACAUGAGGGCAAGUAUGUGUGUUCAGCGAGGGACCCAUUCCUGGAUACAGAGAGGAGAAGAUCUUAUUCCGUGUCCGUCACAAACUUAGUCAGAUACACUGUUGUGGUCAGAGAAGGAGCCAGCGCCCGUCUUCCAUGCAAUUACCAAUCUGAUCACCAAAUCAGGGGCAACGCAGAGUGGUUCAAACUUACACUAAUGAAAAAUAAAAAACUGUUGACCCAUCGUAAUGGUACAGUCAGUAAAGAUGGAAGAGCAGUGCUGCUCUUCGACAUGGACCAAGACCAAACAAUGUCCCUAAAUGAAGUGACCAUGACAGACGAGGGAAAGUACAAUUGUAUAUCCACUGAUGGCUCUACGCUCAGCACAGUUGAGCUAGUUGUGAUGUCUGCCCCCACCCUUCCUCCUCACUCCUGCGAUGGCUUCACUGACCCCUGGGAAGAGUGUGAGGGCGACAAUGAAAACUCGCGUGUCACUGGCCCUGUUCUGAGAGAAUCAGUGACGGAGUUUUCAUUUAAACUUUAUUCGAUCUUUGGAGAAUCCCAACAACACAAGAACCUGCUCUACUCGCCCUUAAGCAUCACUGGAGCUUUGACGCAUUUGUUGCUAGGAUCGAGGAAUAUAACCCGGGCUGCUCUGGAGGGGGCUCUCUUUCUCCCUCCCAGGUUCCACUGUGUUCACUCAGAGAUGAAAAGGCUCAGAGAGAAAUUGUCUGGAUCUUUGCAAAUGGCCUCUCAAAUCUUCUACAACACAGAGUCCAAUCUCACCACAUCAUUUGUAAAGCAGUCGGGUGAAUAUUAUGACUCAGAGCCUGUCAAGCUGAAGGAAGACAGCCUUGAGAAUGUCCACAUGAUCAACAGUUGGGUGGCGAAUAAAACCAAAAAUAAAAUCACAGAACUGGUGAAGGAUGUUUCACAACAGACUAAACUGAUGCUACUCAAUGCUGUGUCCUUUAAUGGGUUGUGGACCAUAAAGUUUGAUGAAAAGCCCUCAAAAGGAUACUUUACUAAACUGGAUGGCGACAUGAUCAAAGUGCCUACUUUGAGAAAUGACGAUUUUCAAGGAUCUAUGGUGUUUGUACCAGAGCUGAAAGCACAGGUAAUGAGGUUUGAGCUGACGGGGAACAAUAGUCUGUACAUCCUGCUGCCUCAGAGUCAUAAAGCCAGUGACCUGCAGCAGGUGGAGUCGAGGCUGACAGAUUCAGCUGUGCAUCAGAUGAUCAACCAAAUACGAGAAGCGGCUCCACAGCGCAUCCAGGUCACCCUGCCCCAAAUCAAACUCAACACUGAACAAGACAUGAAUGUCAUGAUCAAGAAAUUAGGGCUGUUCUCACUCUAUGAAAGUCCCAACCUCUGUGGCCUGUACGCUGAGGAGCCUCUGGUGUUGGAGGAGGCCAAGCACAAAGCCUUUCUGUCUCUGACAGAGCAGGGUGUGGAGGCGGCUGCUGUUACCGCUAUGGGCUUUUCUCGUUCUCAUCUGUCCUUCUCCGCUCUGCGCCCCUUCCUCCUCUUACUGUGGAGCGACUCUGCUCAAGUGCCUCUGUUUAUUGGCAGAGUGUUGGAGCCGUGAGGGUCCUGAUGUGUAACAAAAUAUACACCAGUAGAAAAGUGUAUAUUUCCAGGAACUAAUCUCCCUGAUAUCAUAC